AUGGUUGAAACAAGCAGCAAAAAGAAAAGGCAAACAAUCCUUUUUACUUCUAGAUUAAAUGGGAAAGAACCAUUAGUUAAUCCUACUUACACUCCUAAUGUAAGCACCAUUAAAGAUCAAACCUGGCCGGAAUUUCUUUUAUAUUUGAAAAAACACAAGGAACAACUUCAAAUCAAUAUGGAAUGGGAAGAAUUUUAUUAUAGAAUAAAUCAUGUAAAAGCAAUGUAUAAGCAAAUUAUGGAAUUUGAUGAAAAUUUACGAAGCAAGAAGAUUAAUCAAAUGAUUAAAGAUUCAAUACCUAAUUAUAAAAUUCUUAAAAGCAAUUUAUGUGAAUUUUCUCGUUGGAAAAGAUUUUAUAAAUUAACUGUUUUGCUAAUAGAAGAUCCCGUAUUAAAAGAAAAAAACAUUCCAUUGGAAUUUUGUUUUCAGAAAUUUAGUGGAUUGGGACUUACAGUUAAUUAUUUGUAUGAAGUAGAUGAAGAAGAAUACAAAAUUUUUUUGAAAAAUUUUGUAGAAUGCUGUGUUGAAAUGUAUAAAGAAAUAUUAGGUGUUAAGAUUUUAGGAUAA